AUGUCCUCGCUCUCCCCCCUGACUGGCCUUCUUGGGCUAUCAGUAUUGCUCUCCUCAGCAUUCGCCAGCCCAACCCCCGUGGUUCAUAGGCGAGCAGGCGCCAUCACCUGGCGUUCAUGCUCUUUCGAGUUCAACACCACUGCCCCGGGCGCCGUGUGCGGCAACCUGGACGUCCCUCUAGACUAUACGGGCAAGGAGUCCAGUGAGAUGCUGCAAUUGGACUUGAUCAAGGUUCCUGCAACUAAAGGGGUGUCCAGGGGGAGUAUCCUGUUCAACCCCGGAGGCCCAGGCUUUCCUGGCAACCAAUGGCUUGACAGCUCGGCCGCGUUGUUGCUGGCUGCCACCGGUGGACAACAUGACCUCAUAGGCUUCAACCCUCGAGGCACCGGAAAGACGCUGCCCGUCACUUGCUUCGACGAGCAAGACCCUCAGGAUGCUUUCAAAAGGCUCACGAUCGAAGAAAGGCUUUCCCAUGCAGGAAACUCGUCCGAAGUGGCCCCGGGCAGGAUAUGGGCCACGUCUCUUCAGAUUUCCGAGGCUUGUGCCAAGAAGAAUGCAGACAAAGGUAGGUUCCUGGGCACCGCCUUUGUCGCGCGAGACAUUAUCCAGAUCGUCGAUGCCCUGGGCGAGGACGGACUCCUGCGAUACUGGGGUAUGUCCUAUGGCACUUUACUCGGGGCUACUUUGAUAGCCAUGUUUCCGGACCGGGUCGAUAAAAUCGUUCUGGACGGUGUGAUAAAUCCCUACUUGUGGUGGCAUUCCUACAGCGAGGACCAACUAGAAGACAUGGAUGCCACCUUUGGCGAGUUCCUCUCUCAGUGUGUUGCCAACGCAGAUCAAUGCCCUCUUGCUGGAAACCGCAGAAACCAUACUCCUCAGGACCUCGAAGCCUCAGUCAGAAAGCUCCUCCAGCACUUGAAAUACAACCCCAUUGUCAUCCCGGACUCGGCGGUGCUAUUCGGCUACAGCGAGCUCAAGAAUACCAUCUUUGCGAGCAUGUACGGCCCAGACCUCUGGCCCAGCCUUGCUCGCGGGCUCGACAUCCUCCUCACAAUGCCUGUCGACACCGCAGCACUGGCCGGGCUCGUCACCUUUUGGAAGUCCAUCUAUGGCGAAGUGUCGCCCUACGCAACCUUUUCCAUCCGGUGCAGCGACAAGGUGCAGCGCGAAAGGUCUCUGGACGACAUGCUGGCCAAGAUAGAGCCCAUUCGCGAAUCAAGCUGGCUCGGCGGCGACGCCAUCGACGCCACGAGCAUGGUCUGCGGCCGCUGGCCCUUUGAAGCCGCCGAGCGCUACCUCGGCGGCUUCGACGCAAAGACCGCCGCUCCGCCGCUCAUCAUGGCCAAGACCUUUGACCCGGUGACGCCCCUCGUCUCGGCCCGCAACGUCACGGCCGGUUUCGGCGGCGUGCUGCUCGAGAUUGAGGGUGGGGGCCACGCCUCGAUGGCUCAGCCUUCGACUUGUGCCUUCAAGGCUGUGCGUGACUACUUUGGCGAAGGGAAGCUGCCUCAGCCGGGCACCAAGUGUGAAAACGAUAUUGGUUACUUCCAGAGCCCCGAAGCGGUUGUGGAGGCUUGGGCAAACCUGUUGCUGGCACUAGAGUAG